AUGGCUGGAACACCUUCAGGUAGUCACCACAAGCCUCGACGCAAGGUGAAGAACGGCGAUGGAAAAGGCUUCCAGCUCUCAAAGGCCGAGACCCUUGUCCGGACGCCCUCCUUCCCACUGUCAGCCUUUCUCUGGCCGGCAAGAGGCUCAGUGUCGCAAUGGGAGGUUCUGCCCCUUAUCCUCAUGGUAGUCGGCCUGUUCAGGUGGGCAGCCGGUCUCUGGGGAUAUUCAGGAUUCGAGAAGCCCCCAAUGUUCGGUGACUACGAGGCUCAGAGACAUUGGAUGGAGAUCACUACGCAGCUGCCCAUAUCAUCAUGGUACUUCUACGACCUAGAAUGGUGGGGACUCGACUACCCGCCCCUGACGGCAUAUCACAGCUGGCUGUGCGGCAAGAUUGGCACCCUCAUCAAUCCCUCCUGGUUCGCGCUCUAUACGUCGCGGGGCAUUCAUGAUGCCAAUCUGAAGAUAUUCAUGCGAGCGACCGUCAUCGUGUCGGAAUACCUCAUUUUCGUCCCUGCGGUCGUCAUGUUCGUGAGGCGUUACGGCAGACUUCUCGGUGUGUCAAACUGGACAACCUCGGUGGCUCUCGUUGCCGUGCUCAUGCAGCCCGGGACGAUACUCAUUGACCACAUUCACUUCCAAUAUAACACCGUAAUGCUGGGAUUUGUUAUAGCGAGCAUGUCUUCAAUGCUCGCGGGGCGUUUCUUCUGGGCAUCGGUUUUCUUCGUCGCCGCACUCGGCUUCAAGCAGAUGGCUCUCUACUACGCACUACCAGUCUUCUUCUUCCUCCUGGGCAGCUGUACUUUCCCGCGCAUCAGAAUCACUCGCCUGCUCGCAAUCGCACUCGGCACUGUCGUCUCAUUCGCCGUCCUCCUCCUCCCUCUGGUCGCCGGCGCGCUGUAUGACAAGAGCCAGGGCGCCUCUCCGAGGGAUGGGCUGCAAGGGCCUGAUGCGCGCCUGCCCAUAUUCCAAUGGAUCGAGGACUACGUCGAUACGAACGUCUUCUACUGGCCUAUAAUCGAGCAGCUUGUCCAAAUGGUGCACCGCGUCUUCCCCUUCGCCAGGGGCCUGUUUGAGGACAAAGUCGCCAACUUCUGGUGCGCCCUUAAUGUGGUCAUCAAAUUACGACAGUACCCCUCGGAGCUCUUGCAAAAGGCAUCCCUAGGUGCGACCCUUGCGUUCAGUCUGAUCCCCAGCCUGAUCUUGUUCUUCAAGCCAAAGAAGGAGCUCUUGCCCUUGGGGUUCGCGACGACUGCCUGGGCAUUCUUCUUGUUCAGCUUCCAAGUCCACGAGAAAAGCGUGCUGCUCCCACUGAUGCCCAUGACUUUGCUGCUGGCCGGUAACAACGGUCUUGGAAAAGACACACGGGCUUGGGUUGGAUUUGCGAACAUCCUGGGAUCGUGGACAAUGUUCCCUCUCCUCCAGCGGGUCGACUUGCGUGUUCCAUAUGCCGUGAUCACCGGUCUUUGGGCUUAUCUGCUCGGUCUCCCGCCUACAUCUCUUGGUGCUUACUUUGAGGGCAACAGCAACGCAUUGACUCAGUGGGCCACUUUCCUCCUACACAGCGGUUUCUACCUUGCCAUGGCAGCCUGGCAUGUUCUUGAGGGUUUUGUCGCCCCGCCGGAGGACAAGCCGGAUCUGUGGACUGUACUUAACGUUGGCGUUGGUGCGGCAGGCUUCGGAAUCUGUUACCUGUGGUGUCUCUAUCGGUUGGUGGUAGAGGCCCAGAUCCUACCCCGAAAAUCUGUUUCCGCGCAAAAGAAGACGCAAUAA